UUUCUGUUCUGCGCGAGCGCGGCCCAGCAGCCCAGCUCUACCCCCUCGCGAACCCGGCCUCGCCGGCGGCGGCGGCGCGCUCACUGGCCUGCCGUCACUCCAUCACCGCCUCGCCUCCAGCUUCGCCCCGCCAUCAAGCGCCUGGCCUCCUCCCCCUCCUCUGAAGUCCGGCCCCCUCCCCGGCUCACCGACGCCCAACGGCCGCCGGCGCUCCCCACUCCCUGCGCCGCCCCGCCCAGCAAAGCCACAGGUGAACGCGAUGCUGCGCAGCUUCCCCCAGGCCCGUCGGCUUAUCAAGAGGCUGGGUUUUGAGAAGGGGGACGCCUACUUCUUUAAGCAGAUGGGCAAGGGCAUGCUCUGCACAUACGCGCUUUUUGGCGCCGCGUGGUUCUGGAAUGAGACAUCACCGCUUGGCUGGUGGACGCUCAAGCCACGGCCCAAGGAAGAGAAGGAGAUGGCGCAUCUGUACGAGCGCAGGGAGUUCCCCUACCCGGGCGACGAGGAGGCGGUGGAGGAGUUCAUAAAGAGCGGGGGCGCCCUGGGCACGACGAUCGGGCCCAAGGGGUUCGCGGACGCGAACAUGGACUCGGACAACAUGCAGAAGCAGCUGCAGUCCAAGAAGUUUGACCAGGAGGCGCGGAAGCUGUGGUUCCGGAUGCGCAACGAGGUGGUGCAGGAGCUCCAGGAGAAGGGGUUCGACGUCGAAUGAAGAUUAGAUUUAUUCCCAUGAAAGAAAUGGGGGAAGGCACCGGCUCGAUUAAGUAUUUUGCAUUGAUAUAAAAAGUAGAAGAAACAUUUUCCUGGGAUAAAGUUAGAUGCCUUUCCAGGCUUGUAUCCAGGCCCCUUUUUCUGGGUGGAGAUUAAGUAAAUUCAGUUGCAUCCAGGCUUUGUAUUCCUUUCCUCUGUCUUUCUUUGGGAUUAAAUAAGUUGUUUUCCAUGAUUAAACAAUUAAUCAUGGAUUAAUCAUAUAUAUUGAGACGCCGGUUUAAUAAUUUAAUUUGUAAUUUGCCGAUA